GAGCCAUCCAUGGAACCUUUCAAUGCUUGCUGGCUCCUAUAAAAAGCCUCAUCACUCCCAUUUUCCAGGAAGCAAAGCUCAAAAUUCAAUUAUAGUAACUCACCAAAUUAAUUUCCCUGCGAAGCAAAUCCUAGUCUGAUGGGAAGAUCAACCGCGGUGAUCGGGACGUUUAUCGCCUUAUGGGCGGGCCUCGUCGUUCAGGGGCAAUGUCACACGCCGUUCUUUAUCUUUGGGGACUCGCUCCUCGAUGCUGGGAACAACCAAUACUUUAACAGUGGGACCCCCAAGAGCUCCCUGCCCUAUGGAGAGACCUUCUUCAAGCGCCCGAGCGGGAGAUCCUGCGAUGGCCGAAUAGUUGCCGACUUCUUAGCGGAGUAUGCGAAUCUGCCAUUGAUCAGACCAUAUUUGGAGCCCGGGUUCAGCAAUUACUCGGAUGGAGCGAAUUUUGCAUCAGCUGGAGCUGGGAUACUCCCUGAAACAAACCCCCGGAUGAUACACUUGAAGAUGCAACUCAGCUACUUCGAGGAAGUGCAGAAGAAGCUGAAGCAGCAGGAGGGCGAACAGAAGGCCCAAGAGUUGCUGUCUAAGGCCGUCUACCUGUUCAGCAUGGGAGGGAAUGAUUACAUGAACGUCGGCAUGCCAAAAUUCGGCAACACCAUGCCUCCAGUGGUGCUCACGGCCUCUUACAAGAAACAGUACGUGACCAUAGUGCUUAGCAAUCUCACCUCUGUUGUCAAGAAAGUGUACGCAAUGGGGGGGAGGAAAUUCAUUUUCCAGACGGUGGGGCCACUGGGUUGCAUGCCAGUGAGCAGGUAUGCCUCGGGAUCUACGGGCUGCGUUCACGAUGUCACGGUUCUUGCCAAAAUGCACAACAUAGCACUGUCGAAGCUCCUGUUGAAGCUGGAGAAGACUUUGCCCGGAUUCAAAUAUGCUCUGUUUGAUUACUACUCUGCCCUUGCCGAGAUAACCACCUACCCCUCACGAUUUGGUUUCAAAGAAGGGCGGACAGCAUGCUGUGGAAGCGGGAACUUCAACGGGCAGUUCACAUGUGGGAAGAAUGGCACUGCUUACAAUCUCUGCAGUGACCCGAGUCAGUAUGUGUGGUUCGACGCAGCUCACCCAACUGAGAGCGCCAACAAGCACCUCACGUCCCUCUUCUGGAGUGGACCGCUCAAAGUUGUGUGGCCUUACAAUGCAAAGGCAUUGUUCCAAAUGCCUUAGCCUUAUCCGUACUAGGAGUAUUCAUCAUAAUUCUUAGGAUUAUAUGUUUUCUUCGCUGAUGUUACUAACCAUUUGGAGUUUCCAAGGAAAUGGUUUCUGUACGGCAUAGUAUGAAACAAUACAGCCUCCCCGCGCCUACCCGUUGAUUACCACCAGCUUAAGAGAAAUCCAUAAUUUUUAUCCAUCACAAGUGGUCGAA